UUGGUAUCUCGCCAAUAUAUCCCAAUUUCUUCUUCUCCAUCUCCUUCAACGGCGGCUCAAUCUUCGACAUCUCAGGAAGCUCUUGAGAAAAAGUUUGCACCACAGACAAGGGCUCACAAGAUGCACUUUCAAAGGGAACUGCAUAAUCUUAGUAAAGGAUUCCACUUUUUAAUAUAUGUUCUCUAUAAAUACGUACAAGUCCAUGUUAGUAUUGCUUAACUUGGUGGCCAUAUCGUUUUGGUGUGGCAUCCUAUCAGAACUAUGGACGGAGCUCUUGUUCAAUUGACACACAUUAUUGCUGCUUCUGUAUAUGGCAACAGUCAGAACAGGAAACAAAGAGGAGUAUCCAACAGACUGUUAUGUAACAGAACUGUUCAAAUGCGAAGUGGGUUGAGCAUCUCAGCACCAUCGUUGUCUUUGUUAAUAGGAGGAACAGGUUUUAAUAAACUUCAACCGAUAUCUAUAUCUGCAUCCCGUGGUAGGGGUACUCGGUAUGUUGCUAGAGCUAUGUUGUCGUCGUUUGAGAAAUUCUCAGAAAACUUGAGUAGUAGAUUCACAGCCAAGGGUAUUGAAGUUAUCAAGUUAGCACAUGAAGAAUCGCGACGGAUGGGUCAUAACUAUGUUGGUACUGAGCAGAUAUUGCUAGGCCUUAUCUCCCAAGGAACUGGUAUUGCUGGAAAGGUUCUUAAAUCUAUCGGAAUCAGUUCAGAGGAUGCUCGCGUGGAAGUAGAAAAGAUUGUUAAAUUAUAACAAAACAUCAUGAAAUAAAAGUAACCAACCUUCAAAUGAUGCUUCUUCUACCCUUGGAACAAGGAAGAUACAAAGAUUUGAGGUUCUUCUCUAAUAAUCUUCAAAUUUCUACCCAAUUCUAA